GGACGGAGCGCUCGGUGAUUGGGCGGUGAGCGUGCCCUGGCGGGCGCUGAUUGGCUACGGGCAGGCGUGUCCUGAGGCGGCGCUCGAGCGAGGCGGGAAAGCGGCGGCGGUACCGUCGGGUGCCGGAGCCGCCCCCGGGUCAGCGGCCCCGGGCCCCGCGCUCAGCCCGCGAACGCCGACGGGAGGAGCGGCCCCGCUGUCUCGGGUAACGCCGGGGAGCCCUGGGAGACCCGCCUGCCCCUCGCGGCCCGGCCCCCCCGCCGCCAUGUCGGUGGAUCCCAUGACCUACGAGGCGCAGUUCUUCGGGUUCACGCCCCAGACGUGCCUGCUGCGCGUCUACAUCGCCUUCCAGGACUACCUCUUUGAAAUGAUGCUGGUGGUGGAGGGCGUGAUGCUGAAAAAGCUGGACGGCAUUCCCGGCUGCAAAGUCAGCCCUUCCCAGAUCCGGAAAUGCACCGAGAAAUUCCUGCUCUUCAUGAAGGAGCACUUCGAUAAACUCUUCGCUAAAAUGGAAGAAAUGCUGCUGCAGCUGGUGCUGAACAUCCCUAAGAACGUGCUGCUGCCCGAGGACAAGGUGCAGGAGCAGUAUCCCUACAGCAAGGAGGAAUUCGAGGCACUGCAGGACGAGCUGCAGCAGCUGCAGCAGCAGUGCAGGGCAGAGGCGGCCUUGGAGCAGACGCUGCGAGCAGAGCUGGAGGAGCAGAAGGUUGUCAAGGCCGAGCUGGAGAAGAUUUUGCAGUGCUUUGAUGGGCUUGAGAGCAUCUGCAGGGAGCACGGGGCCGGCAACUUCAAGGAAAGCUUUGCCGUCCUGACGCAGAACUGUAAGAAAUUGCAGGAUGUGCUGAAAGACGUUGAGGAGAAGAGCAAGAAAAUGAAGCAGCAUGAUCAGUUAAUGUAAUGGGAAUUCUGAAAAGGCAACAGAUGUCAUAUAGAGAGCUUGCUUAAAAUUAUAGGGGCUUGUCUUUCCCUUACUCUGCUCAUCCUGCCAGGAUUUGGUCUAAAAGCUGUUGAACUGUGCCACUUUGCACCUCCCUAAGGCAGGAAGGGGAGAAAAGCCUGUAAAAUGUAACUGAUAUUGUUAACUUCAUAACUUUUGGGUUGCAUAACCGUGGUUUGAAAACACUGAAUGCUACCUUUGAACACACUGUAGCACUUGUUUUGAGGGUUCUAAAAACAAAGCCUCGUUAAGACUCGUAGGAAUGUGUAGGUGGUUUCCAGCCUGGGGCCGUGCAGGGCUCAGUGAGGACCUGGGGCAGUUCCCAAGGGGCUGCCUGGCCAGGGCUGCGGUGCCUUGCACUGUGUUUGGAAAGCCAGCAAGGAGGAAGUGCAGGGAGAAGGGUGCUGUUGACAGGGUUCUGAUGAGAUCUGUUGGCAUCAAACCAAAUUUCAGCCCAGUUUCUGGAAUCUCAGGGUUCCUCAACACUCCAUCUGUGCUUGCUUUUCUCUCAGCACAGAGUUGCUGCUCCACAGAGCAGAAGCCACUGGAGGAAAUUACUAAUUCCAUCCCUUUGUCCUACUUCACCUUAUGUUGCUUUAUAUAUAUAUUUGUUUGGGGGGUUUUUGCUGCCAGUGUCCCUUUUCUACUAAAGAACAAAAUUCCUUUUAUUAAUGUUUAAUCACCUUUUCCUGUGAAAAUAUUAUGAAUACUGAUAAGCUCUUGUGUCUUAAUUAAACUUAUUCUCUCUGUACUUAGUUCAAAAUCCCUGACAGUCUGUGCAUCUUUCCAGCAGUUUUUUGAUCUUCUGUUUAGUUCUAUCAUUAAAUAUCAAUAUUCUAAUUUAGUAGCAUAGAGGUUUAAAAGUCAUUAACCCUGUGAAGCAUGUAGAGGUGACUGCAAUAAAAAAGUGUAUUGAAAACAUAAAA